GUUUGUCUGAUCAACAGCAGAGCUGCAGUCGAGACAAGUCUCUCUGUUUCUCUGUAAAGAAACAUUCAACUGAAUCCAGCAGCUUUUUCUCACCAACACAGCAGAAUCUCUUCAAACACUGAUCAACACGUAAUACUUCUGGUUCACUGAGAGGAGGAGCAACUCUGAAAGAGGAGAGCUGCAGAAUCACUUUUCCUGAAAUGAAAGUGAAAGUGAAAGUUUGUCUGAUCAACAGCAGAGCUGCAGUCGAGACAAGUCUCUCUGUUUCUCUGUAAAGAAACAUUCAACUGAAUCCAGCAGCUUUUUCUCAACAACACAGCAGAAUCUCUUCAAACACUGAUCAACACGUAAUACUUCUGGUUCACUGAGAGGAGGAGCAACUCUGAAAGAGGAGAGCUGCAGAACCACAUUUCCUGAAAUGAAAGUGAAAGUUUGUCUGAUCAACAGCAGAGCUGCAGUCGAGACAAGUCUCUCUGUUUCUCUGUAAAGAAACAUUCAACUGAAUCCAGCAGCUUUUUCUCACCAACACAGCAGAAUCUCUUCAAACACUGAGUGUAGACAUGUCUGCUGCCAGCUGUCUGCUGACUGAAGAUCAGUUUCUGUGCUCCAUCUGUCUGGAUGUGUUCACUGAUCCAGUCAACACACCAUGUGGACACAACUUCUGUAAAACCUGCAUCAAUGAACACUGGGACGUUAAUGUCCAGUGUCAGUGUCCAAACUGUAAAGAGUUGUUCAACACCAGACCUGAGUUGCGGGUCAAUACUUUGAUCUCUGAGAUGGCUGCUCAGUUCAGACAGUCAGCUCAACAGAAAGCCAGAAACAGAAGCUCAGAGCAACAAGCUGAUAAACCAGGAGAAGUUCCCUGUGACGUCUGCACUGGAACCAAACUGAAGGCCAUGAAGUCCUGCCUGGUGUGUCUGGUCUCCUACUGUGAGACUCACCUGGAGCCUCAUCUGACAAUGUCAGGUCUGAAAAGACAUCAGCUGAUCGACCCUGUGGAGAACCUGGAAGACAGGAUGUGUACGGAGCACGAUAAACUGAUGGAGCUGUUCUGUAAGACCGACCAGAUGUGUGUCUGCAUGCUCUGCAGUCUUUCAGACCACAAGACACAUGAUGUUGUUCCUCUGAAAGAAGGUUAUGAAGGAAAGAAGGCCGAGCUGGAGGCUGAAAUUCAGCAGAUGAUCCAGAAGAGACGACUGAAGAUUCAGGAGAUCAAACACUCAGUGGAGCUCAGUGAGGAAGAUGCAGACAGAGAGAUAGCAGAUGGUGUUCAGGUCUUCACCGCUCUGAAGGAGUCUGUUGAGAGAAGCCAGGCCGAGCUCAUCCACACGAUCAAAGAGAAGCAGAGAAAGACAGAGAAACAGGCUGAAGGCUUCAUCAAAGAGCUGGAACAGGAAAUCUGUGAGCUGAAGAAGAGAAGCACUGAGGUGGAGCAGCUCUCACGCUCUGAAGACCACCUCGACAUCCUCCAAAGCUUCAUUUCCCUGAACGCUGCUUUACCCACAAAGGACUGGACAGAAGGCAACGCCCAACCACUCUAUGAGGGGACUGUGAGGAAAGCUUUGAAUCUGCUGGAGGAGAUGAUUAGUGAACAGAUAAAGAAUCUGGUUGAGGCCGAGUUGAAGAGAGUCCAGCAGUCUGCAGUGGAUGUGACACUUGAUCCUGAUACAGCUCAUCCUGAACUCAUCCUGUCUGAUGAUGGAAAACAAGUUAAACAUGGUGUAUGGAAGAAUCUCCCAGACAAUCCAGAGAGAUUUGAUUUUUGUGCUAAUGUCUUAGCAAAGCAGAGUUUCUCUUCAGGAAGAUUUUACUACGAGGUUCAGGUUAAAGAGAAGACUAAGUGGACUUUAGGAGUGGCCAGAGAGUCGAUCAACAGGAAGGGACAAAUCACACCGACUCCUCAGGAUGGUUACUGGUUAAUAUGUUUGAGGAAUGAGAAUGAGUAUGAAGCUUGUGCUGGCCCAUCAGUCUGUCUCUCUCUGAAGUCUCAGCCUGAGAAGGUGGGGGUGUUGGUGGAUUAUGAGGAGGGUCUGGUCUCCUUUUAUGACGUUGAUGCUGCAGCUCUUAUCUACUCCUUUACUGGCUGCUGCUUCACUGAGAAACUCUACCCAUUAUUUAACCCAUGUACUAAUGAUGGUGGUAAAAACUCUGCCCCUCUGAUCAUCUCUCCUGUCAAUCACACUGAGUAGAACAACCAGUUGAUUUUCUACAGAAAGAUCAACUUUCACUUAAUGUAAUAAAUGUAUAUUUUUUUGUGAAGACAUUGUUGACUUUUUCAGAUUCAAAUGUUUUUCUUUGAUCUGUCAUAUUGCUACUUACUACUUCAAGACAUUGAUUAAUAAUAGUGUAGAUUGAAGUAUAAAUGAUGCUGUGUUCACACCAAACAAGAAGCAAAUUUUCCGAGUUGCCUUAUGGGUGUGAGUUUUAUCGCAGGAUUAUUUGUGUUUAUUUGCAUCUUUCGCGCUAGAAGCGCCAGAGAGAAGCGGGUGCUAAAAAUGGAUAAAUG